AUUGCAUUCAAUACUUGAACUUGAAAUUGUUUCAACGAGUACUAGUGUAUGCCAACAAGAUAUGGAAGUUAUAACUGAUCUGUUGAUUUUAAGUGUCCCCAUAAUUGGUAUAGCAGUGAAUAAUAUGUUGAAUUAUAAUCCUGAACCCAUUUUCAACGUCUACCAAAGACCCAAUGGGUAUUACUGGUUUAAAGUAACUCUGAUGUUCAUUGUAUUAUAUAUAAAAAAGCUGAUUAACAAUAUCAAAUUAGCCCUCGAAUCUCCAGAGGAUUUACUGAAAUUCUACGAAAAAUUGGAGGGGAAUCAAGAAUUAUCUCCUCAUAAACAGGCCAUAAAUGCUGUUCAUUUCAAUGCUGCUAAUAAAGAUGGUAAUCAUCUGAUUGUUGGCAUGACACGAAGAAAGGACAAACUAAUUGAUGGGUAUAUUUACAUAAAAAUUAAUAAUGAAGAGAUUGGACUACUGGAGAGUGCGAAAUUGCCAGAUACCACUUUGUACCAAAGUGAUAGUUGUGAGGGAUUUGAAGCAGAGGGUUUAUCUGUCCAGUGCAUAGAGCCCAUGAAGAUAUGGAGAAUAAAAUACCAGGGUAAAAUGAAAAAGAACUCUAUCCCCUCAAAAACGUUCGAAGUAGACCUAGAAAUGACCUACACCUCCAAUUUUCCCAUCAUAAAUUACGGAGAUGAUUCAGAUCCUCUCACCACUGCAAAAUGCAUAGCACUUGAGAGAUGGAGCGGGGAAUAUUUCCAGUUGCUCAAAGAGUAUCGCCAAACACAGUACGAACAACACGGAAGUAUUGAAGGGUAUGCGAUAGUUAAUGGGGAAACCUUCCACUUAGAUAUGGAUAGUAAUAGAAUUCGAAGUUUUGGAAAUAAGGGCGAUUGGAGGGACGUUCAUAGAUACAACUUACACAUGUUUUCUACUGAAAAUGGAGAUAGAUUUACUGUAGGAGAUUUUUGUUUUCCUUUAACAAUGUCAAGUUUUAAAAUGGGGUUUGUUUACUGCGCCAAGGAGAAAAGAAUACACCCUAUAACUUACAACGAUUUCCAACUCUAUCAACAUGGCGAAUCUGGAAAAUUACCAUCAGAUUAUGCCUUCACCCUUGAAGCAGGAAGAAAAACGUAUACUGUGAAGGUGGAUGUGAUAGACUCUCCUCAUUUCUACAUUAGUAAAGAUUGGGAGAGUGAAGUAGUUAAAAGGCUUUGCUUUUUCAACGUGAAUUCAAUGAAAGGAUGGGGCACUUCAGAAUGUCAACAAAGAAAUUUGUUAGGGAGAAGUUCACUUGAGCGCUCCCCUACUUUGAAAAUGAAAAAUAGUGAUAAGAAACAAAAAGUACAUGCCUCAGAAAUGAUUCAAGAGGAAAGGACGAAAAGUCUCAUACAAACCAACGUAAAACACGUGAACGAUCAGAAAAAAUUAGCUUGUGAGCAUUGCGAAAAAGUUUGUGAUUCUAGGGUUGAUCUAUGGAAGCAUUUGAGAACCCAUGAUGAUAAGACAAAGCCAUAAAAAGGCCGUAAGAUCAAGGACAAACCAGCGAUACUAAUGUGAUAUUGUAGAUUUUUGUGUGAUUUGAGGAUAGGUACGAUGAACUUAUCACUUGUGAUAAAUCAAUAGAGAUAACUCUGGGGCUCUAGGGCUUUCAGUAUGAAAAAACAAA